AAAAACGUUCUGGUGAUUUAGAGCAUUAAUAACAUUGUUCAUUGCCUCCUACAGUUGUAUGCGUCUCGGUGCGAUCAGGCGCGCAACAGAAGGUGAGCCCACAUGGGCCAACAUUUGUCGUUUUAAUUCAGUGACCGGAAAAAAACAAACUGUGAAAAAGUUGAACUAUAGAAGAAAGGCAAGAUCACAAUGUCUAUUUUUUCCGCUCCCGGACAUGAGAACACGAAGAACUCUCGGAAAUGUUCAGGAGUGGCACGUGGAAAGAGACCACCGGAUUUGGAGCUCUCCGAAGCCACAAUUGGUGCGCAUGGAUCAGAAACAGCUGCGGGAAACGAAAGAAUACAGGAGGAAGGCAGCGCCUAUGUCGCAGCAUCCCGUGUUCACCUGCACCCCUACCUGUCUCAUCCCCGGAUGUCUGUGCGGAUGUCGGUGUACAGCACCGGGGUUCGCCCAGCUCUCACCCGCGCCUACAUCCAGGGACGCGUGUAUAACUUCCUGGAAAGGCCGUCUGGUUGGAAAUGCUUCAUGUAUCACUUUUCAGUGUUUCUCAUAGUACUGGCCUGUCUGAUCCUCAGUGUCCUCUCUACCAUUGACCAAUUCCAGGCUCUGGCUCACACAACUCUCUUCUGGGUGGAGAUCGUUCUUGUGGUGUUCUUCGGUGUGGAAUAUUUCGUCCGCAUUUGGUCUGCAGGCUGCCGCAGUAAAUAUGUUGGCAUCUGGGGCCGACUACGCUUUGCCAGGAAGCCAAUAUCUAUUAUAGAUCUAAUCGUGGUUGUUGCUUCAAUAGUUGUGUUGUCAGUGGGCUCCAAAGGCCAGGUCUUCGCUACUUCUGCUGUAAGAGGGAUUCGCUUCCUGCAAAUCCUGCGUAUGCUGCAUGUCGACAGGCAGGGUGGAACCUGGCGUCUCCUGGGCUCAGUGGUCUUCCUCCAUCGGCAGGAGCUGAUCACCACUCUGUACAUCGGGUUUCUGAGCCUGAUCUUCUCCUCGUACUUCGUCUACCUGGCAGAGAAAGAUACAAUUGAUAGCACAGGUUCCACUGGCUUUGGAAACUAUGCGGAUGCUUUGUGGUGGGGAGUGGUGACUGUGACUACAAUUGGCUAUGGAGACAAAGUGCCACAAACCUGGAUUGGAAAGACCAUUGCAUCUUGCUUCUCAGUGUUUGCCAUCUCUUUUUUUGCGCUGCCGGCGGGAAUUUUAGGCUCUGGCUUUGCCCUGAAGGUGCAGCAAAAGCAAAGACAGAAACACUUCAACAGACAGAUCCCUGCGGCUGCCUGUCUCAUACAGACAUCAUGGAGAUGUUUCGCAGUGGAUAACUUUGAUUCUGCUACAUUCAAGCUGUUUUUGAGAAAGAAAUCCAACAUUCCUCUGUCCAGCCCCAAGCAGAAAAAAUUGGUGAAGAUGAGAAGGAAGUUGAAGAUUACUGACAGGGACAAUGGUCCAGCUUCUCCCACAGUCCCCAGCAUCACCUGUGACUCUGUGUUUGACAGCGGAAGGGAGCUAAGUUCAGAUGUUUACAGCACUGUUGGCACAGAUCGCCAGCAUUCAUGGACAUCUUUGUCUUCUCUGCAGUUCAGCUCACCACCCACAGUAAAAAGAGGCCCCAGCCUUAUGGAUGCCCAGUCCCCCAUCCCACUCCCAAGAAACUGCAGUUUUGCUGACGACCUAGAGCUGGAGUCAGAGCGAGAAAGUGAACUGGCUCCAGCCAGCACAGUAUCACAACUGACGGAUUCACACCGAAAAGCCAUCCGUGUGAUACAGAAAAUGCAUUAUUUAGUGGCUAAGAGAAAUUUCCAGCAAGCCCGUAAGCCAUAUGAUGUCAGAGAUGUGAUUGAACAGUACUCCCAGGGUCACCUCAACCUCAUGCUGCGAAUCAAGGAACUGCAGAGAAGACUAGAUCAGUCUUUAGGGAAGAUGACUCUGUUCCAGACGGGUUCAGACCGAGCCAGAGAUAAAGGAAACAACUCGAUUGGAUCAAGGCUCAACAGAAUGGAGGACAAGAUAACACGCAUGGACCAAAUGCUGAACCACAUCGCAGAGUCCCUCACCUUCCUGUUGGACCAGAGGGAUGUCAGUGUUGGUGAAGUUAGAGGCAGGCUGAGACCUCGGCUCAGACGAACCUGUAAUGUCCUUACUAAUCAGGACAGCCUGCCAAGUAAUGACCAGCUGUCUACAUCUCCUUCAUCAUUCUCCAACAACACCAGCAGCCCCAACCCUCCACUCAGCUCCACUGCCAGUCAGGAUGAGAGCUGCUGAACCUGAAAACCUGAAACCUGAAACCAGACAUCUUCAAUGCGUUCCACAGUGUUUGCUCACCUGUUUAUGCUGGGUAAAGACAAAUUGAAUAUAUUCUUCUGUCUAUGAUGAGCACAUGUACUGAGCUGCUUUCUCAAAUACUGAUAUCAUGAGGUUUUUAGAAAAAUCUUACCAGGAAAUGUGGCAUAUGUCAGGGUUAAAAUAUAUGAAGAAGGUAAAAGAAAGCUAUGCCUUUCAAAUCAUGUUUGUUGGACAAUUUUCAUUUUUAAGGUUGAAUUUAUUAAGAUAUAUUUCCAAAUCUUUAUUUUAGUACUAUUAUUUUUUAAUUGGUGGAAAAAAGAGAGCCUCAAUAUUUAAUACUGAAAUAUUAGUAUUUCUUUUUUAUUUGUACUAUUUAGAGUUCUGAAAUAUAUUCAAAAAAAUGACUCAAAGGUUUUAAAAUGUUUGUAUGGUUUAUUAUUGAGUACCUAUCCCUGCAGCAAAUCAGCUACUUCUAAACAGUUUUUGCUGUCAGCAAAGAAUGUGUCAGUUCUUGUUUAAGGAUCUAUGUCUUUGUGUUAAAUUUGAGGCCAUCUUGUAUGCACUGUUCACUUAAGGUGGAUUUAAAGGUUUGCAGUGUUGCUUAGGUUAGUGGACAGUGAGGAUCUGGUCACAACCAUGCAUUUGCUGCUCGGUAGGAUUCUGAUAGCAUUGACUGCGACAAAAUCACAAAAUCAGAUAAAUCCACCCUAGUACUUAACAGGUACAGCCAGAUGUGAUUAAGAGUUUUUUUAAAAGCUGUAAAAGUAGCAUUCCCUACUCUCUUCUACAGUUCUAGUCAACAAGAGCUUGGUAAAACUUUGUUAAGGCCUAGCAUUCUCAGUAUUUCCAAACAUUAAUAUUUUUAGUUCCCUUUUCCUUUGUGUAGUUUUGGAACGCAUUAGCUGAAGAAAAUGUUUUCUUCCUUACGCUAUUGAGGUUUAUUCAUCAGCUAGAGUCACAAAGUGAGGACUUUUUUUUAAAUGUUCCUAUUUUAACACAAAUGUUUUUUUAAAAUACUACAGAGGAUGGAGCCUUAUGUUUCAAUUACUUGUAAUUUUAUACAUUUUGUUUUGCUUUAUGGAAUUUUUAUUUUUUCCAGCCCCAGUCCAAUAUUGAGCCAUUUUUUCCAUCCAAGAUAUUUUACUUAAAGAAGUAGAAUAUGUGGAGUGUAACUAUAUUAAUGAACUUAUUGUGGAUUUUUAGAUACCUCUUUGAUUCUUUUAAUAUUUAAUAUUAUUAUACACUACCGGUCAAAGGUUUUAGAUACACUUUCUCACUUAAUGGGCCUCUUUAUUUUUAUGACUAUUUACAUUGAAGAUUCUCACCAAAGGCAACA